CGCUCACAGCAACUGGUCGCACGUUUUCCCUUAGCGCGAAUUAUACACACUCGACAUUCGUCACUCGACAAAUUCAGUCGAAGAGACCGAACGAGUGUGCCACGUAUUGUUGCCGCCUCGUCGCAUUGGUCAAACGCUAGCUUCACUUUCUAUUUGUUGCUGUGUGUAAAACAAUUCGGGUCGUACGAGCAGUGCGCCUAAAUGCAAUUUUACUAAUUCACAAAGCGCAUAAAUUACACUUGCCAACGAAGCGUUGCAACUUAUUUGCACUUUCGCACCGAAAUUACGAAGGUCGUACACGUUGAAAAUGCUGUUGCCAGGCAGCGGAAUUAGCUGCACGCCGCCGCUUACAAUGGUGCGCCUGCCGUUGCUCUUGCUCUUUGUUGGUGCGGCAUUUGCAGCGCGUUUUGUUGGCGCGGAAAUCGCUUCAGCCACGGACGAUACGGCUCGUAUGUUCGCUAAUAGUUUGACGAGGCGCGUGUUUAGCACCGACAGCGGCGGCAAUGGCUGUUCUGCACGCAAAUUUCAAUCGAUGGCCAAAGCUAUCGAUGACGUCGAGGAUCUGGUAUUGGAUGUACCGGUUAAUAUCGCUUUUGACAAUCAUCAGAAGAAGAGAUUUUUGCUAAACAUCAACACCUCCGCGCCGCUAACCAUCAAUUUUUCGCAACAGAUCGUGCGCAAGCUUUACUUCAAUCAAACAAUAAAUUUAUCGCGUUCACUGAAAUCGGAUCAGCGCACGGUGGUGCUGCCUUGUGCUUUGCGCGGCCACUAUGAUAUCUUUGUGCAGGCUCGUCAGCGCGGCUCUAUCAAAAUCGAGGCGCAUGCCGCACAUCCGCAGUCCAACUGGCCGCUGCUUAAUCGCACGCAUCACAUACGCAUACGCACACAGAAUCUGGUGCGCAAUCGUCAAAUGAUAGUCAAGUGGGACAAGAGUAAAUUCGAUUUCCAUGCGGUACAUUACUGCCUGGUGGUGAACACACAGCGGCGUCAAUUGAAUUUCUGCAACGCCGUCAAUGACUACUUCAUGAGCGCAACGGCGCGUGAAAAUGUUGGUGCGCCAGCCAAUUGCUAUCCGGGCUCUUUGGUGGACCACAUAUGGUUAAGACCACCGGAGCGUGCUAAGAAAAUUGAUGUACGCAACGUCAACAUUAUCUGUACGGGCGCUCACACACAACAGCUGCUGCGUGGUGUGCUACCGAAUCUCACAUAUUACUUGGAUAUAUUUGGAGUUCAUACACGCCGUCAAAAUCUCACCUUUCACAUUGCCUCGACACAAGUGGAUUAUAAUCGGACGCAUCCGGUUGCGCUGAGCGACAAUAUGCUGACCAUGCGGAAAAUAUCGGGACUGAAUGGCGUGCAGGUCUUCAGUUUUAAAGUUCCUGGAAAAGAAACAGCUUUGUCAGCUGCAGCGCUACAGCUGCGCUAUCUAAUAGUGCCGUGCGGCGGCAGCGAAAUCGAUAUAAAAAUACUGCGCAAUCGCACACUCAUGGGAAAUGCGACCGGUAUAUAUAGGCCCACAUAUAUACGUUUAUCAGAGGUGUAUAAGGGCCAACGGUAUAUAGCGCGCUUUACGCCCAGCAACGAGGAUGAGACGCUGCGCGCACACAAAGUGGGACUGGCUGUCACGACAACUGGCAUCUUUCAGCAUCUGCCCGAGCUGCCGGCUGAUAUAACCGUUUUUGAGGUGAGCACACGCUGCGCCUUAGCGACUAUUGCAUGGUACAGUUCGCCGGACAGUCGAACAAUAAGGUACUGCAUAAUUGUGUUCAAUUUGCCGCAGCGUAAUCGCAGCUCCAUCGAUUACACGAACUACUGCCUCGACUUUGGCAGGCGCGUGGUACAGCAUCCGCUAUUUCAAUCCAUUAAAUGCGUCGAACGCUCAAAGAGCGCUCCACUCGAAACGCAUACCAUAUUCAAUCUGACACCAGGUGAAACAUACCUCAUCUAUGUAACGGCGAAUCUCAACGAGGGCAGACCGCUGCCAUACCAAACACUGCGCAUCACAAUGGGUCAUCGGUGCAGCAAUGAACUACUCGAUUCGCGAGAGCCCACCACAUACUAUUGAUUGCACGGCCAACGCGGUUCCUCCUCUCCAUAUCGUGAGAGACAAUGGCGAGCAAUUAACUAAGACAGAAUUGCAAUAUGCAUUUGCUAAUGUCUACAAGCAUAUAUUUGUAUUCAAUUAUUUGCAGCUACUGGCCGAUUGAGUUCACUCAUAAGUGAGCUUUAAUGCAUGCCAAAUGAAAGUCGCACAAUUUUGCUUGUAAAAUAUUUAUAUACAAAACACCCACAUGCAUAGCUAGUAUAUAAGUGAGUAUAUGUUUACUUCUAUUUACAUAUAUAUAUAUAUAUAUAUAUAUAUAUAUAUACAAAGUAAUUGCCAGUUCAACAAGCUAAGCGCUAAAAGACGUAAGCCUCCGCCAUUAAAAUAUUGCUAAAAAUAUGUAUAUGAAUAUAGUUAUUAAAACGCAGGUUGGUUAACAUGUAUGUUGCCUACAUUUAGGCGCGUGGUAUACCUAAUGGGAAACUAUAUGAGAUCUAAUAUGUAUAUGAUUUAAUUUUUUUUAUAAAUGAUUAGCGUUUAUAUUAUAAUAUUUUUUUUUUGUUCUUAUCACCGUUACAUCUCAACCUCGUGUAAGAUAUAUAUAAUAUAUAAUGCAUGUGCUUUUUUGAUAAAAAAUUAUAGACAAGCGCUUUUAGAGGGAAUAAAUUGAAUAUCCACACUUUUUUUCUGAUGCUUCUACGAUAGAAAUAUUUGUCCAGAAUUUCAAUUCGACUAUUAGUGAUCUCUAAGGUUCAGCUUUAGAUAUAGCAUACCUUAAGGCGCUUUCCAUACUUCCAAAUAUAAAAUUUCAGAACCUUUUAUAUUGUUAUAUUCUGAACAGUUUGAUACUAUCAGCAUGACGAGCUGAAUCGAGCUAUGUCCGUCUGGCUGUCUGUAUAUACGCGACCUAGGCUCUCAGUUUUCAAAAUAUCAAACUGAAACUUUGCACAUGUCUUUUUCUCCACAAGCAAUUGCCAAAUUGUUGGAACUGUUGAUAUGAUCGAUCAAAAUCAAGUCCUCCAAGGCGAAGCUACAAUAUCUGAGCAAAUUGUUAAAUCAGAUCACUAUAACAUAUAGCUCUCAUACAAACUGGUCGCUUAAAAUCAACUUCUUGUAUUGAAAACUUUUUUAUUUGACAAGAUAUCUUGAUGAAAUUCGGUGUGAACUAUUUUCCAAACCUAAUCUACAAUAUCUGAGUAAAUUGUUCAGAUCGGACCACUAUAGCAUAUAGCUGCCAUACAAACUGGCUCAAAAUCAACAUCUUGUAUUAAAAACUUUUUUAUUUGAGGAGAUAUCGUUACGAAAAUUGGCGUGGAUUAUUGCCCAAGACAACGCUAUAACCUCCUUACAAAUUGUUUAGAACGGAUCACUAUUACGUAUAGCUGCUAUACAAACUGACCGAUUCAAAUCAAGCGCUUAUAUGGAAACAUUUUUAUUUGUGAAGGGUAUAAUAGCUUCGAUGCAACCGUGGUUAACAUUUCCUUUUUCUUGUUUUCUGUUAAAGUCCUCCCUCAGCAUUUAGCACAGCACUUGAACAGUUCUGUCUCCCAAGUAUUGACAUAUGUACAUAUAUAGAUAUUCCCACUGGGUAGCCACUACUAGUAAUAGCUGCUAAGUUAUACAAAACAUAAUGUAAUUUCAGCUAGUUUAGCUUUAGUUAUUAUAUUAGUUAGCUUAUUACUUAAAGAGAAUCGCAAGUCCACUGCGGUAUCGCAUACUGCGGUAUAUAUACCACUUUGCAAUCCUAAGUUCAAAUUUGAUUUGUAAGCCUUAGCUUGGUAAGCAGUCUAGUUUUAGUGAAGGCCUUUGCUAUACUUCCUAAGCUUGUAGUGUUAGUUUCUUAUUGUGAUGUGUUAAGUUUAGCUCUUUAUAAUGUUGUUGUAAUAUUGUAAUUUUGUUAAGCAUAUUUUAUAUACAUAUGUAUGUGUGUGUUAUGUUGCUCUGUGAAAGGUUUAAGUUCAUUUUUUUUUAACGUAAUUAAACUAAACUAAAACACAACUUAGUAACUUAAACUUAAAAUCCGAUAAUCAUGCAUUAAAAACAAAAAAAAUAUAUAUAUUAAAAAAAUACAACAAUUAAAAAAAAGUUUAAAAAAAUAUUAAAAAUAAUACAAAAACAAAAUGCAUUCGUACGCCAUAAAAUUAAAGUGAAAUCCUCGCGCCGCACACAUUGACAAUAACUUGUUCAUAUAUUUGCUAAAAUUUGCACAUUUAUCCAACGUAUAUAAACCCUAAAUAUAUACAUGCGUACAUAGCAAUAUGUAUAUACUUAUAUACAUAAGUACAUAUUAUUUCCAUAAUCCAAGUAGCUUACGUAUGAAUAACUGUGUAUUUACCAGCAUUUACCCAACCGCCGUAGUCAUUCGAUUAUCUGCUGAAACUGCCAAACAACAAAAAAGAAAAAUAAAUAAAAAAUAAAUAUAAAAAAAAUUAUAAUAAAUAACUAUUCAUACAUAUAAACAUGUAACAAGUCUAUAUGUAUGUGGAACGUAACUAUUUAGAUGGAGUUUGAUCGCAUUAACGCAAUUUUCCUGUGCCCGUCCUCUCGAAAAUGCUAAAUAAUUCAUAAUAAUCAAUCAAUUACAAGCGACACUUUGGUGUUUCUAUGCAAUAAUAAAAAUAAAACGAUAUAAUGAAGA